CGGUGCCUGUGUGUCGCUUGACAACGGUCCCCCGGCUGGAGUCAUCGGGACUGAGGACAGACUUUACCGCCGCUGCCGCCGCCGCUUCCCUCCCGUCCCGUUUCUAUUUUUUAAAUAAAAGGGUGGCUCAACAAAAAUUAACGCUCAAGUUCGUGUCGGGUUUGUUGGGUUUUGACGGCUCUGGAUUCGCUCGUUACUUUCUUCUCUCAGCGGCGUUCUUGACUCUUCGUUCCCCCGCGGCUGGCGGCUAGCAUCGGUUACUGCUGCUAAACAUGGUGGCCUGUAGGCAAGAAGAAGAAGAAGAAGAGACGAGCCCGGUUUGAGGAUUUUUUUCUAUCAGAACCACUCGGACGGGUUGUUCGGGAGAAGCAGCACUUGUUCCGGACACAACACCGCCCCUCAGUUUGACUUUCAUUUGGCGGUUUAUGGACCUGGACGUGAGGCUGCCUUUCUGUUUACGUUGAUAGAAGCAGCGGCAGCGGCACCGUCCGUGCUCCGUGGACCGAGGAUAAUUGUACUUCACUUCAAAAGUUGUCACCAGGCCCCCUCAAAGUUUCCAACCACAGUGGGAAAAGUUGAGAAAGAGGCGCUCACGUGUGGAAAAACACGUAAGAAAGCAGUUUUAUGACCCAUUGUGGAUGUCUCGACCCUCUCACUGACAUGAAUUGGUGCUCAAGUGCAGCUAACUGGAAGUAUUUCAUCCUCUGAUAGCUUCAUUCAUCAGCCCCUCUGUGAGUGUUGAUCUGUGGAUUAAUAUGGAUUAUUAUUGUCAUUAUCAUUAUUAUGGCCUAAUCCAAACCGCGCCAGACCGGGAAUUUUGGGAAUAACAGCUCGAUCCUUGUUGUUUUUGAUGAUGAUGAUGAUGAUGAUGGUGACAGAGAAAAGCGAUGGUUUCCCUUCGUUAUGAUUUUGAGUAGAGAGGAGUUAAUUACAUGGAGACUCGCCUGACAUGCCAAGGAAGGAGUUGCCACUACCUGAGGGUUGGGAGGAAGCCAGAGACUUUGAUGGCAAAGUGUAUUAUAUUGACCACAUUAACCAGGCUACGAGCUGGAUCGACCCCAGAGACAGGCAGACGAAGCCUCUGACGUUCGCUGACUGUAUCGGGGAUGAGCUGCCGGUCGGCUGGGAGGAGGCGUACGACCCCGUCGUCGGAGCUUACUAUGUCGACCACAACACCAAGAGCACCCAGCUGGAGGACCCACGGGCCCAGUGGCAGCGGGAGCAGGAGUCCAUGCUGCGGGACUACCUGGCCGUGGCCCGCGAUGCGCUCAGCGCCCAGAAGGAGAUCUACCAGGUGAAGGAGCAGAGGCUCCGCCUGGCGCAGCAGGAGUACCGACAGCUCAACGAUGCGUGGAGGGACAAGUCGACGUCACAAACCAGCUUGAAUUCCAGAUCGUCCUCGUCCAGCAAGUACGACCCCGACAUCCUUAAAGCAGAAAUAGCCACAGCCAAAAGUCGGGUGAACAAGCUGAAGCGGGACCUGGCCUGUAUGAAGCAGGAGCUGCAGUACAAAGAACAAGGCUUUGAGACCCUCAAAGAGAUUGACCUCAAGGUGUCCAACAGCCCGUCUGGCUUCAAGCUGCAGGAGGCGCAGGCCAUCCUCAACGAGGUCCGCUCCAUCCGAGACGCCAUCAGCUCCGGGGAGAAGGAGAAACAGGAACUCAUGCAGAAACUGGCUGUAUUGAAGGACGGUUUCCAGCUGGACUCGGGCUCCCAGCAGGAGCUGUGGGGCAGCAGCCCCUCGCUCGCCAACUCGGAGCUGUCCAUCCCUCGGCUCUACUCCGACGCCGGCUCCCAGACCGACAUCCCCGCUGAGUUCAUGACGAGCACCAACAAACUGGCAGAGAAGGUUCGUCUGAGUCUGAAGUACGAGGAGGCCAAGAGGAGGAUCGCCACCAUCGAGGUUCAGAUCGCCAAACUGGACAGCGAGGCUUGGCCGGGGCUGCUGGACCCGGAGCGAGACCGUCUCAUCCUCAUCAACGAGAAGGAGGAGCUGCUGAAGGAGCUGCAGUACGUCAGACCUCGGCAACGCCUGGAGCCCAACGAUGCCGAGAAGCUGGAAACGGAGAAGAAACGUCUGGAGAGAGACCUGCAGGCAGCCAGAGACAACCAGAGCAAGGCUCUGACUGAGAGGCUGCGACUUCACUGUAAGAGGAACAAGCUGGUCAGAGAGCUGGAGGAGAUGGUUCGACUGGCAUCAUCACUACAUUCUCAACUCAAAAGCCUGUCAGCCAGCACUCUAUCCUGUUCGUCCGGCAGCAGUCGAGGCUCUCUAACGUCCAGCCGCGGCUCGCUGGCCACCACCUCCAGCCUGGGCUCCACCUCCUCCCUCAGCUUCACCGACCUCUACCUGGAGCAGCCCGAGCUGGCUGACCCGGACUUUCAGAACAAGCUGGACAGCCUCCUGCAGGAGGGCGGCCAGGGAGGCUACCGCCCUUCUAGCUCCAUCACCACCAUACAUGAACACGAAGUGGUGACGGGCAGCGGAGGGAGGGACGCUGGGAGGCCUGAGGCCAAAGCGGGUGGGGUGGGAGGUGACGCGGCAUGUUCUGCUGGUGGAGGUGCAGGAGGAGGAGUGGAGUCAUCCAGGAUUCAGGCGCUCAGGCUGUCAGAAACUCCUCGCUCCAUGAGCUCUUUAUCCCCACGGUCGUCUCUUUCCUCACUGUCGCCGCCGUGCUCGCCGCUGGUCACAGACACUAGUUUCCUGUCUGGAGAGACAUUCACAGGUCAAACGGGACCAGGCGGGUUGAGCCUGGACCUAGAGCUCCAAAGCAGGCUGGCAGAACUUGAGCUCAGCCUGGACUCUCAAGAGCAGCUGCAGGAGGAGCACAGGGGUCCCAGGGGUCUGGAGGAGAAGCAGAACCACAAGAACACGCUGGGCGAGGAGGUCAAAGACUCGGCUCCACAGCUGCGAGGGACGGGGGCGGGGCCAAAGAAGAUGGGCGUGACCUCAGCGGUGUCGGACGAGUCCGUGGCAGGUGAUAGCGGCGUGUACGAGCCCUCAGAGCGCAGGCCGGGCCUUCCUCCAGACCUCCUUCUGGGCUCCUACGAGGAGCGGUUGGCGCUGGGCUGCUCUCAGGUGCAGCUCGGCUUCCGUUACGAGUCCAGAGACCAACGCUUCACCAUCUUCAUCAUGCAGCUGUCCAACUGCAGCGCCCUCUGUCUGCCAGCUGACCUGAAAAUGUAUGUGCGUUCGGCGGUGCUGCCCUGCGUGGAGGCAACACGCUGCCUGUUCCGGACACGUGGCUGUCUGCCGCAGGACGUCGUGGAGGUCAACGAGGUGUUUGGCAUGCAGAUAUCCCACAGUGCACUGCGGCAGAAGACACUGAGGGUGGAUGUCUGCGUCACCAGCAAGUCGGGCCACGAAGAGUGUCUGGCGGGAGCCCAGAUCAGUCUGGCUGAUGUCAGCUGUUCGGAGGAGAGAUGCACUAAGUGGUACAACCUGCUGAGCCGUGCCUACAUGCCCGAGAUGAACAACAAGGACAAAGAGAGCCGAGCAGCCGGCAGCUCUGACAGGACUCCAGUGAUCUCCAGUGUUUCCACAGUCGGCGCUCCAGACGAUGACGAGUGGCACGGCGACCCUCUGGAGGACGACUUGUUUGAUGAUGAAGAUGGAAACGGCGAGGGAGGGGAGGGGCCUCUGGAGGAGGAGGACGAGUUUUAUCCUGAGAGCAGCCAAUGGGAAGGAGAUGAGGAGGAAGAGGAGAAGGUGACCAAACCUCCUCCUCCUCCUCCUCCUCCUCCUCAUCCUGCAGCAGCAGCAGCAGCAGCAGCAGCAUCCAUCACAGAAAAGGUCAACAAGGAGACGAGCAUGGACAGCCUGUUGCCGUCCCACCACGGCUCGGUGGUUCGACCCAAGGAGCGCCGCCCGGACGUCCACCAGCAGAUCCCCUUCAUGAGAGGGAACACCAUCAUCCGCUCCAAGACGUUCUCCCCUGGACCUCAGAGCCAGUACAUCUGCAGGAUAAACCGCAGUGACAGCGACAGCUCCACCCUCUCCAAGAAGUCUCCGUUUGUCAGAAACGCCUCUGAGAGACGCAGCAUGCGCAUGAAGAAGCCUCCCAUGCAGGUUAAAGGUCUGGACGGUCUCCUGCGGACGUCCCUGGACCUGGAGCUGGACCUGCAGGUGUCUCGGACGCGGCAGGCCCGGCUGACGCAGGAGCUUCGGGUGCUACGGGAGCUGAAGACGCAGCUGGAGACGGCGAGGCAGCAGGGCCAGAGAGAGCUGCCGGCCUGGGUCCAAGAAGACGAACGCUUCCGGCUCCUCCUUAAACAAGCCGAGAAACAGACCCGUGAGGAGCAGCUGCAGGAGAAACGAGUGGAGAAGAUGAUGAGGGCAGCAGCGAAGGACGUCCACAAGAUCAGGGGCCAGAGCCGAAAGGAGGUCCCCGAGGUCCAGACCUUCAGAGAGAAGAUGGCCUUCUUCACACGAGCAAAGACCAGCAUCCCCGACCUGCCGGCCGACGACGUGUAGAGAAGCAUUUCAAAGUAUUUCCCCUCCUGAGUCUUAACCUGCUGUUCUCAAACACACAUGAAGCAAACGUUUGGCGGUGUUAUGAAGAAUUUUAAAUAAUAAUGAUGAUAAUAAUAAUAUGUUAAGUAGAAAGAAACAAACACUCAAAACCGUGAAGAAGCAACACAUUUUUAAAGAGCUCGGCAUUUCUAAUGUGGAUAGUCUUUCGUUUGUAAAUUAGUGAUAGCACUGCUAGAGCUUUUAUGUUUUUAAUACUUCACCUCUCUCUCUCUCUCUCUCUCUCUCUCUUUCACUCUGUUUAUUGUGUCUCUGUUACUAACAGGCUGUUUAUAGGCUCUUAGGUGUUUUAAAUCAUUCCAGCACAAAGUCACACAGCUGCACGUGUGCAUACAAGCAGUUUUGUACUAAAUAUGACACAUUUGGACAAAAAAAAUAUAUAAAUGUAUAUUGUUAGCACAGCACAACACAGAAGAAUCAAUGGUACUACAGAAAAAUAAAACAAAUAUCUGCAUUUAGGAGGUGUUUCAUAUUGACAGUCGAUAAGUGUUUUUUUUUUUUUUUUAAGGACUUUCUACACCGACAGACAUCUGCCGUAUACAAUAUUGACAGCACAGAUGGUUGUACAUAAGCAUCAUCAGCAUGCCGAUUGUUUGAGUCGCACACGAUACGAGAACCCGAGAGGAAAAACUGGAGCUUUACAAAACGUCACUACAUGAACUGGAUCCCAUUAUUCAAGAGCACACAGUCGACACUCGUCAUUGUGUAGGAACAGCACUAACUCUCACUAACACUCAGGUAGUUGUUCGGAUAGUCUGCACUUUAAGAAACUUGAGCUACACGUUUAAAAUAGAUAAGGUAAAAAAUAAAUGAAUGAAAAAAGAACUUGAUGUGGGUUUUUGGAAAGUUAAAAACAAAACGAAUCCAGAAACCUUUGCCUCGCGAUGGAACGAUUGUUGAUUGUCGAAACACACACAGACGUGAAGAUCAAAUGUAUUUUGAUGACUGUGAACUUCUUACUGAUUGUAUGACGCCCCUCCCCCUCCUCCACCAUCACGCCUGACCAGCCAAUAGGAAGACAGCAAUCCUGCUUUUCUCCUCAAGGCUCCUCGUCUUCCCUCUGAUUGGCUGGUUGAAAUAUGUUCUGCUCUGAACAUUUGAACACUCAGUUUUUGUAGUUUUCAUUUCCGUCUGUUUCCGCUCUGUAACUGGAUACACAUCUGAGAACUGGAUGUUAGCAUGUUAGCAUGGUGCCCCAGCAGAACUGAACAUAUCACAUUUGUUUCUUCGUAUCACGUCUGUAAAGCUGCACUUAUAUUUUAUCUUGACGUUUUUCGUAAUAUAAAAAAAGGUCUCUUGAUAUCACCAGACUCCCUUAAGAAAAUACACAAUUCUAAGAGUUGAACUGCUUGAGGAACAACAUAAAAUCUUUGCGAUACAGCUCCGGCAAAUUCUAAAACAUUCGUACCUUCUUGUAAAUUCGGCAUUAAAUGCAAAAGAAUAAAGUUGUUUAUUUCCUUGUGAAAAGUGUCCAUAAAGUGCAUCUUAGUAACCAGUGUAACCUGCUUCCUUGUUGCCUGUGGAGAAAUUCCCCUGACUCCCUUUAAAAAAAUCACUAAAUUUGAUAAAUUUUGUGAAACACUCAAUUCUUAAUUAAUGUGGAUUUUUUGUUCAUUCGGCUAAUGUUAUACCUACAUUCUAAUUUAUUUUCUCACUUUACUGUAAUGCGGCCUUAACGUCAAUAUAACGACAUCCAAAACACAAGAGGAUGAUUUAAUAAAUAUCAGUAUUUUAUCUUCCUGUUCACUUUUCCUUGAAAGUUCUGCAUAGUGCUGGUUAAAGGUUGAAAUUGCGAGAAGGAUGUUUUCUCUUGAGGAAGCUCUGAAAGUUAUUUUAUUACAGAGAAAAACACUAAAGUUCAUUAGAUGCUCACUUCUGCCUCGGAUGCUGUAAAUCUAUAGAUAACACAAACUUUGCUCCGUGACCUCGGAGAGAAAUCAGAAGCGAGAGAGUAUUUUUCUCUUGUUGUUGAAGUGUAGAAAGCCGUCAGGAGUCAGUUCACUGUUUGUUCUCCCGUGUUGUGAUUUACAUUCAGCUCAGUGGAGAUUUACUGACGUCUGACGUUGUUUCCAAGGCAACCGGGCUUAUAAAUCAGCAGCAGACCUCGACUCCGACUCGUCUCUUGUUUACUGGCUCUUUGUGUUUGGACCUGGAGGUUGGAGUAGUUGUCCUUGGUGCUUUUUUUUUUUCACCUGCGUUAAAGCAAAAACUUCUCUCCGGAUCUCUUCUCUGUGUACGUGAGGAUGUUUUAAAUGAUGCUGGACUCGUGUAGACGACCUGAACGAGCUGAUGUGUUGAGAUAUUUCUAAGUCGAUUUAUCAUACAGAGAGAAAACCAGCAGUGAAUAUACACUGAGGUUCAGGUGACGCACAGAUGGAACAGAUAGCAUUUGUUUCUUUUUAUUUUUUCUUCCCCAUAAAGAAGAACUAAGGAGCUUCUAUCAGCAUAGGGGACGUUUGUGAGCCACUUACAAAAAGGUUUAGGGAAAUAAAGAAAUCAGCAACAAAAUUAAUAAAUAACUAACUUCUGAUUAUGAGCUGCAUAUUAAAGACGUACAAAAGAGAUCACGACUGGCGACACUAUUAUCUGUCUGGAAUCAUUAUCAUCUCAAAACUUUCUAAACAGAAAAGAUUUAAAACUCUAAAAUGAAUUGAUGGAUCAAGAAUCAAGUUUAUUUAUUCAUCCUGGUUCAUCACUGGGUUGCAUAACAAGAUGCAAAUUUAAAAAAACACUUUUAAACAUCCACAUGUACGCGAGGAAUUACAUUUCAUGAAAUUUUAUUACCUGUGACAACUGCAUCUUACAAACAAUUAAUCUGUCGCUCUAUUGAUGUUAUUUCAAAGUGCAAACUUUAAUUAGUAAUUAAUGUAAAAUGCAUGUUACAGAAUCAGUUCCUCUCCUGUAAAAAGAAGAAACCUGACUCGGUGUGUUUCAGAGGUCACAAACACGUCGUCUCUGUGGCGCCGUCACUUCUUGCUGGGUCAACAUGCUCAACGUUGCGUAUAUGUUAGGUGCUUUGGAUCAAGUGGCACAAAACCUUCAUAAAACCAUGUUUCCAUUCCCGGUGUAAACAAGAAUGUAGCCGAUACAAACCUGACCGCUGCUGUCAUUCCAGAUGUUUCCCUGUUUAACUGUUUGUAGACAAACAGCAGCUCGGCUCGGACUGUAGUUUGUUUCCUUCGGUGUCUGUAUGUUUGAGACCAACAGAGGAAGUCUGUCUCCACUUCCUGUUCCUGUUUUCACCCUCACUGAUCCCACAGUGGUCUCCAAAAAGUCCCAAAAAAUGAAAUCAAUGUUUUGUUUCCUAAUGAUAAAAAUACUGUAAAUGUCUCAAAUCCACCAACAGAGAAAGAAAGAUGGUCUCCACACGUUCAGGUAGAAGUAGGAAUAUUCUUUCUUUGCACAAGUGUCUAUAAGAAUAAUAAAUAUCCCACAAACAUGUAAUAAUGAUAAUCACACAAACACGACAGCGGCUCUUUAUCCUUUCGUCUGGGAAAAGACAGAAAAAGUGACGGUUGAUGGAAACUGAGUCGAAUGCUGCGAGGACGUUCACACUGACGCCGCGCUCACACUGCAGGAAGGAAAUGAUUGAUUGUGAUCGAUUAUCAGUCUGAACAGUCGCAACAAAAGAUCAAUACCAAAGAUUAAACACCUGAAGUACACAAAUAAAUGGUCCAUAUAGUUUGUAAAAUCUGCUCUGAGGUCAGAUAAAGUCAGUAAUCUCAACAAAAAUCUGUAAUAACUGAACGAACGAUGGCAGGUUAUCAAUAUGAUCAGCCAUCUUGUUACGACUCUUGUGAGUUGUGGAACAACCAACAUUGAUCAUUUAUUACAAAGGAUCGGCUCAAACCUGGUGGAAACACAAAGGUCCAAAAUUACUAAGAUAAUAUCUAAAAUAAAUUAAUUAAUUAAUUUAAGAAAAUGUUCGGUUGCCAAAACUUUCCCGGGUGAAAACAUUUAUAUUGGAAAAGUUGUCCUGACUUUUUGUUUGUUUUUCUUUUUCUAAUGUCCAAAAAAUUCUAGCAUAAAUGAAAACAUAAAUGUUGAAAGAGCUUCGGUCACCAGGCAACAGGAUGAAGUCAGCGUUCAGGUCUCAGCGACUCACUUCCUCCAUCGUCACGAUAAACUGACACGACAUAAAACACGUGUGAAUUCUGAUCCGACUGUUCAGACUGAACUCAGGCUGCCAUUUAAUCAAACAACGAAUAAAUUCUCACAGUUUUCGUCCUUAUUAUAUCAACACAUCUCAGAAUGAUGAUGCGUUGCCUGCGGUGUGGACGCAGCCGUGUACUCUGACGGGUUUUACUGUAGCAGGAACACUGUGAAAUGAAUGAAAGCCUUUGGAGUUAGGUGAGAGGGUGUGCCUUCAGAGAGCAACAUGUAAACUUUUGUUUUUUUUUUCUUUCUUUUCGUUGUCUUAAACCCGGCCACCGUCGUCGUCGUCUCAUCUGAACGAAGCUGUAAAUGUAGAGAAACGUUUGCAUUGAUUUUCCUAAUGUGAACAGUUUGUUUGUAGAGCGAGUAGCCGUCAAAGAAUAGGACUCGGGAGGAAGUCUAGUCUGAGGAAGAGUACCGUCUGUUUUUAAAGUGAACUUUGUCGUGAUCGACCGAAUGUUGUUUAACCUCGAAAAUCAAGAUGACUCGUUUAUACGUAACAACAUCUGGAUGAAGGAAUGUAGGUUUUUACUACGAGAAUCACGAUCAUUCAGAGAAACACAAAUGCUGUUAGUCUCAAAUAAUUAUGUUUUUUUUUCAUCAUGUAGGUUGUGAUAUGAUUCUGUUUGUUUUCUGAAGUUCAAGUGCAUUUUUUUUUUUUUUUCCUCAUUUGAUUUUUUUUUAUGUUCUAAUGAAUCUGUUUGUAUUACGACUGGUGAUGAACCUGGUAAUGUGUAUGGAGGCGGCUAUGAGAAACAUACAGCAUGUAUUUAUUGCACUUUGUGAUUUGGGUGUGCUUUUCCUGUUUUUUUUUUUUUUGUUUUUUUUUUAAAUUUUCUUUUUAUCGCGAGAGUCCCGAAAAGCUGUGAAUUUUAUUCUCAGACACUGUACUGUCGACCAGAGUUGUAAAUAUUUCACCAGCACAAAAAAAUACCAAACAAACAAUAUGUUUUGUAGUUUCACAACAAAUAAAAAAAAAGUUCUUCUCUUCUAU